AUGUAUUCAUCAAAAUUUGUAGAUUGUAGUAGUGUAGGUCCUCAAUUUAACCCAUUGAAUAAAACUCAUGGAGCACCUCAUGAUCACGAGCGCCAUGUUGGAAGUCUUGGAAAUGUCAAGGCCAACAUGUGGGGAAUAGCUGAUGUUUACAUUAACGAUUCAAUGAUCAGUUUACAAGAAACUUCAGACCUUUCAAUCCUGAACAGAUCUUUAGUGAUCCAUACCGACGCUGAUGAUUUAGGAAAAGGGGGGAAUGCAGAAAGUUUGAUAACCGGAAAUGCUGGUGAAAGAAUUGGUUGUUGUCAGAUCAUAGAAACAUGA